AUGGCGCGCGGUCGCCGUUCCAAGCGCCGCCACCGCGCACCGCGAGCUCUGCCUCCGGUUCCGCCGCCAGCUCCGCCUGGGAGGCUCGCUCUGGCGAGGAUCCUCCGCCGCGUUGCGGAGUUUCUCGAGGCCGGAGGGAGGCGCCUCCUCCGGUGGGUCGGCGCGGCGCUGAUGCGCAGACUCGCGCGCGCGGGCGUCGGCGAGGCGGCGGGGCGCGGGGACGGCGAGAAGCUGCUGAACGACGACAUCGACGAGAGCGCCGAGUCGGAGGCCGCCCCAUCGUCCGCCACCGGCGCGCCGCUCGUGCAAGAAGACGCGGCUGAGGGGAGCACGAGCGCCGCCGCCGCGGUCGAACAAGACGGAGCGGGAGAGGAUGGCACCGCCGCGGUGCUCCAAGAAGACGGCACCGCCAAGAACUCGGGCGGGACUGCUUCCACCGCGACGCUCGCGCAAGACGACGAGCCGUCCGAGGACCGCGCCGCCGGGACGCUCGUGGAAGACCGCGCCGCCGCCGCCCACGCCGCUGGCAAGACUGCCGCGGCCAAGAACGGCGCCGCCGCCGCGCGCGAGAGGCCCAAGAGGAGGAUCCAGCCUGCGCCGCCACGUUCACGUCCCCCUCCGCCACCUCCGCUUCCCCCUCCCCCUCCGGUUGCAAGGCGCGGGGACGGCGAGACGAUGCUGAACGACGACAUCAACGGGACCGCCGACCCGGAGGCCGCCCCAUCGUCCGCCACCGGCGCGUCGCUCGUGCAAGAAGACGCGGCUGAGGGGAGCGCGAGCGCCGCCGCCGCGGUCGAACAAGACGGAGCGGGAGAGGAUGGCACCGCGGCGCUCCAAGAAGACGGCACCACCAAGAACUCGGCCGGGACUGCUUCCACCGCGACGCUCGCGCAAGAUGACGAGCCGUCCGAGGACCGCGCCGCCGGAACGCUCGUGGAAGACCGCGCCGCCGCCGCCAAGAGCUCCGCCGCCCACGCCGCUGGCAAGACUGGCGCGGCCAAGAACGGCGCCGGCGCCGCGCGCGAGAGUGCUCCGUUCUUUGAUUCUGGUCUCUGA